UACUGGAUAAAUAAAGCUCUGUACUUGUUUCUGUCUUUCCCUUCAUAUCAUGACAAGGAUUAAAUAUUCAGUGGAAUGAAGCACAAACACGAUAAACACGUGGUCUCUUCACAGGUCUUAGACACAGAGAUCGUGUGAGAACAUGGCUGAAGUGGGAGUUUUACUGCAUGGGAACAUGGCUGAAAUGGCAGAUUUAGAGUGUGGGAACAUGGCUGAAGGGAAGGACACCGUGUGGAUCGGCUUCAUGGACAUAGUUCCUGUCAUCGGGGCAGUAAAAGAGUCAGUGGAGUUAGUGUUGGCUUUGUACGAAGGGAAUAAAGAGGUAAUAAAGGAGAAGGAGAAGGCUCUUGAAAACUUUGUGAAAGCUCCAUUUCAAAAACACGUGAAGUUCACUCAAACCCAGUAUAAACCAGCAGGAGACGCAGCAGACUUUUCUGGACUGGUAAAUGUGAAAGAGGUCCCAAAGGGAAAGAUUGUUGAACAUGUGAAGAAAGGAUCCAAAAACCAAAACCUAACUUUAGAUCAACAGAGAGCGAGAGCAAGACAACUGCAGGACAUUCAGAAACGUGUGGUAGAAAAGUUAAACCUCAUUGGUGAACCAUUCAAUGAGGAGCUGAAGGAAGAGCUGAAAAGGUCGAAAAGAGGUGCACAUGUCUUCAACAAUGAUGUCCUUAAAUUUCAUUCAAAGGUGCUGAAGGAUUUUAUAAAAAGAUAUAGAAUUGAAUCACUUCGAGGAUAUAAUAAGCAGACAAUGGAUGAAUUAGGCAAACACACACUUCUCCAAAAAACAGCAGCUGAUAUUCAGUACAACAUGGUGGUUCACUUUGAUGAUGAUGAAUUCUAUGUGAAUGAUAAUGCAAUAUUGUACAGUGUAUAUAGCAAAGUGCUGCAUGAGGCUUUUUUAAAGGUGCUGCGCCACAUAAACCCUGAUGACAAGACAGAUAAAGAGAAACAGCAGGUGACUGACAUUAUAGAUAAUAUGAAUAAUUAUCAAAUCUAUGUGGACAAAUUUGCAAAAGAGAAGUGGAUUGACAACAAUCCUACAAGAGAGAGGCGUUUUGAGGAGGUGAGAGGUGAAGUGGCCAACAUGUACAAGGAAGAGCGAGGUCUGGUCUGGUGCACUGAUAUCAUGCAUGAAGUUGAACCGUUGUUUAAUCGAGGACAGUAAGACAGAGCUUAUUUCUCUUGUUCAGGGUUGCCAGGUCUUAUCAUUUCCAUCCUUGUAAUACACAAACCUGAAAACAUCUCAAACAGAUUAGAAAGUGGAGGAAAAGGGCACCAGGAUUAUUCUUUGGAAAUAAAAGUUCAGUGUUAUUCUCUCCAUAAUCCUGUUUUUCCUCCCAACCUGUAUACCAACAUCUGAGCAUCACACUUUUACCUUGUUCGCUCUAACCAGUAGCUUUGUAUGGAAUGGAAAUGUAUUAGCUUUAAUUCUGAUGGUUUGCUUUAAAAGAAGAUCUUUUUUUUAAUUUGUCCCCCAAACCCCCAGAAAACCACCAACAAUGCUAAUUUCCAACAUCAAGAUCGAUCCACUCAGCUAAACGUCUGUAAAUAAAAUGCCGAGCUGACAAUAAUAAGAAGUUGAAUUUUACGUUAGUUCAGAACAAUAUCUCCUUUCCUCCAUCUCCCUCCAUUAUCACCAUGACAACCAGCUGAAAAUAAAACAAAGCUGGUGUUAUUUAACAGAACUGGAGGAUUAAUUACUCACUGAUUCUCUUCAGGGUUUUUAAUACUGUGUUUAUUCUGUAAGGACUUUAAUUGUGUUUCAGCUUGAUUGAGAAAAACAGCAUGUCUGGAUGUUUGGGUGUGAAUUAAGUUUAGAUUACAGAUAUAUCCAUUAUUAUUAAUCAUCUUUAGCUCACAUUCUGUAGCUUAUCACCCAGACGUCCUGGCUGUUUUCACAUGACACAUGUUGAUGGUUUAAUGAUCCCAUUUUCCUCUUUAUAUUGGAGUAAACAUGCUGGUUAUGUGUUUGAUGAAACAGAAAUCUAUAUGAAUGUAAAUUCACUUCUUGGUGUUGGUUGCAUUGAGCUGUGUUCUGCUCUCUGAGACACGGUGUUUGUCUUUCUAAGUCUAGCUCUGAAUCUGACCUUCAUCCACCCUACAGCAGGCUAGCAGAAGUUACCAUGGUGAUGAAAAUGAUGUAAUGUACCAGUCACAUACUCAUGCACUAUAUAGUGUACACUGUGUAGGACUCCAGCUUGUAGCACUUCCUGUAUUCCCUUUUAGCUUUAAUCACAGCACAUGCGCUCGAAAUGCACAAGUUUACCUUAAAAAAAGAAGAAGAAGAAGCAGACACACAACUGAAGAGACGACAUCACAGAAACCUUUCAGUCGUCUUAUUUACAACCGCAAACCAAUCAUUAAUGCUUUAAUAUUAAAAGGAAAACUUUAAUGUACUCUUUUGUUUUCAUUCCUCACUGACAAGCAUUCUGCAAAAACAAUGAUGAUAUCCUGAUCUGUGUGUGUUGCUAUGACAAUGUAAUCUGCAUGUGUUGCUAUGACGAUGUAAUCUGUGUGUGUUGCUA